CAUGUUUUUUGAAGCCCACGGGACUACAGCGCGCCAACACGAGUCAACCGCAGAGACAACACAGCCGAGCUCCACUCCACACAGCUCUUCCCUUUGCCGUUUCCAGUUUCCAUGGCUGUGCCCGCCCCCUUCUUCGCCUCUCCGGCCACCGCCGCCGCCACUCCCUCCCACCAAUCCCUUUCCCUUUCCAUGUUUCCCCGUACCUUCCCCAGAAGAAAGUUCGCUCUUUCAUCCUCCUCUUCGCCACCGGCCAUCCGGGUCACCUCCGCCGCAGCUGCGGAGCCCACCACCGCCCUCCAAUCUGGUCCCGCCGCGGCAUCCGAUUCUCGGUCUAAAGCCCUUCCGUUUCGGGUUGGACAUGGGUUCGAUCUUCAUAGGCUGGAGCCUGGAUAUCCUUUGAUUAUUGGGGGAAUUAAUAUUCCCCACGAGAGAGGCUGCGAGGCUCAUUCUGAUGGGGAUGUUCUACUUCACUGCGUGGUUGAUGCAAUUUUGGGUGCUUUGGGGCUUCCUGACAUUGGACAGAUCUUUCCAGAUUCAGAUCCCAAAUGGAAGGGUGCUCCAUCAUCUGUUUUUAUUAAAGAAGCUGUGAGACUGAUGCAUGAGGCAGGUUAUGACAUAGGAAACUUGGAUGCCACAUUGAUACUUCAAAGACCAAAGCUUAGCCCUCACAAGGAAGCCAUCAGAACAAACCUGUCCGAGCUUCUGGGAGCCGACCCAUGUGUCGUGAAUCUGAAGGCAAAAACGCACGAGAAAGUCGACAGCCUUGGCGAAAACAGAAGCAUUGCCGCUCACACUGUGGUUCUACUGAUGAGGAGAUAGAACCCCUCUCGCCCAUCAAUUCUGCAGUGUAGUAACAACAUUUGUGGCUCUGUUUCAAGUGGAAUGCUUGUUGUCAAUACUUUGAAUCUCUCCCCCCUUUCGUCCACAGUUUCCAGCACACAAUUGUAAGUUGGUUGUUGAAUUAAACGUUUUAAUCAUUCAACAACAUGAAAUAUGAAAAUGGUGAGAGAAGAAGUUCAGAAAUUGCCACAAUGAUUAUUAUUUUUUUUUUGGGUGAGUCGAUUUUUAUUAAGUUUUAGUUUUACACCAUCGAACUUUAAACUUGGAUAGGCAGUAAAAUAAAUCCUUUUAUGGAGAUUUGUAACAA